AUGAAAAUCAUUCCUGUUAUCAUAUAUUCAUUGAAAUUGAAUAUUUUACUGAUUUUUGUUAGACUGAGUCGGUCCAAUUCAAUUUCGUUAAGCUAUCUUGAUAGUUCGAUAUUUGAAAGAACCGCUUCAACAACACACCCUGAAGAGUAUCCCGAUUCUUCUUUUAUAAACAAUAUCACUGAUAUUCCGAUUAUAUAG